AGCGUCCCUCCCACUCCCGCCGUCGCCGGCUCCCGCGUCCGUUGACGGGCGGGUCCCCGACAAGCCGGCCCCUCGCGAGGCUGGGCCCCGGGACCGACAGACGGGCGGCGUCCGCUCCCUCGAGUCCUUGGUGCCCUAAAGCUGAGCGGGCAUGAGCCAUUUGCAGAACUUACUGUUAGAUGCACUCCUGGGAACCAAGCAUGUGGACAGUGCAGCCCUCAUCAACAUCCAGGAUCAGACCGUGUGUGUAGCAUCACCAGGAUUUAACGUAAUGCCUACUGAUGUCCGAACACUUGUGAAUGGAUAUGCCAAGAACCCUUUACAAGCCCGAAGAGAAGGAUUAUAUUUCAAGGAAAAGGAUUACAAAUGUGUCCGGGCAGAUGAAUCUUCUCUUUAUGCUAAGAAUGAAAACACUGGCGUGAUUGUUGUGAAAACCCAUCUGUAUCUUAUAGUGGCAACUUACAAUGAGUCCAUGUUUCCUAGUGUCUGUGUGGAAGCCACAGAGAAGCUAGAGACAGAGUCUCACUGUACCACCCUCAGGUAGAGUGCCAUGACGUCACACGGCUCACAGCAACCUCCAACUCUUGGGCUUACGCGAUUCUCUUGCCUCAGCUUCCCGAGCAGCAGGGACUACAGGCGCCCGCCACAACACCCGGCUAUUUUUUUGUUGCAGUUUGGCUGGAGCUGGGCUUGAACCCGCCACCCUCGGCAUAUGGGGCCGGCGCCCUACUCACUGAGCCAUAGGCAUCGCCAAGAGAAAUAUUUUAAUUUACGGGCUGGGCACAGUGGGUCAUACCUGUAAUCCUAGCACUCUGGGAGGCCAAGGUGGGUGGAUUCACUGAGCUAAUGGUUAGAGAUUAGCAUGAGCAAGUGUGAGACACCAUCUCUCAAAAAUGGCCAGGUGUGGGGGGCACCUGUAGUCCUAGCCACUUGGGAGGCUGAGACAAGAGAAUCACUUGUGCCCAAGAGUUUGAGGUUGCUGUGAGCUAUGACAACACAGCACUCUACCGAGGGUGACAAAAUAAGACUCUGUCUCAAAAAAAAAAAAAAAGAAAAGAAAUAUUUUAAUUUACUUAUUAAUCCCUUCAGUGACCCACUGGUCAUUCAGGAGCACAUCAUUUCAUUUCCAUGUGUUUGUAUAGUUUCCAAUGUUCCUCUUGUUCAAGCGUCCUCAAAUUUUUUAAACAGCGGGCCAAUUCACUGUCCCUCAGACCAUUGGAGGGCCGGACUAUAGUUUUAAAAAAAAAACUAUGAACAAAUUCCUAUGCACACUGCACAUAUCUUAUUUUGAAGUAAAAAAACAAAACGUGAACAAAUAUAAUCACACUGCCUCAUGUGUCCCAUGGGCCGCAGUUUGAGGACCCCUGUGUCUUGUUAUUGAUUUUUUAG